AAAGAAUAGCUCCCGGUUGGUUCAAGUUGUUCUCACUCUUCUCACUGGAUUCUGCUGUUUAAAAGAAGCAUUGAAAUGAAGGGUUUGGCGCUGACUUCUGUUGUUUUCUCCGCGAUUUUCGUGGCUGCGCAUGGCAUCAGGUGCUACAAGUGUCUCGGCACAGAGGAUUACUGUGCAAAAGAUAAGCUACAGGCAGACAAGAAGAAAAACGUGAUGGAAUGUCCCGAGGUAUUUGAUCGCUGCUUGAGGAAAUGGAUCAAGAAAGAUGACAAGACAGCGGUUGUGAACGCAUGCGCCACCCAAAACACGUGUGACGUAGAAAAAAAGACCUGCGAUGAAAUUUCUGGAGAUUGCGCCGUCGGCUGCUGCGAGUCUGAUGAGUGUAACGCAGGCUCGACUGUUACUUUCAGCGCUGUGUUGAUAAGCAUGUGCGCCGUUCUGGGCCCAGCACUAAUGGGGUAGAAAGUGAAGCUAGGACUGGUGUCGACUCCGGAUAAGCUCUAGGCACAAGAAAUAAGCUAAAGGGCGGGUCCUUGUCCGAGGACUUGAAUACAUGUUCUCUAGCAGUAGAUAUUUUGUUCUUUAACUUGUAAAAGCUACUAAUAAAAUGGAAGUUGCACCUCA